AUGCUGGCCAAAGUGAUCAUUCUGGGAGUUUUUGGGGCUGGACUUUUUUUGGUUUGCAGCGAUUCGGCUUCGGUUAAAAUGACAAAUGUUGUUUGUGAAUCAUAUGACAAAUCGUGGACUGUUUUCCAUUACUGUCGCUUGAAGGCCUAUUCCAGGAACAAGACUAGUUUGAACAUAAAUGCAACCAUUUUGCAGCCAGUCAAUAGCGUAUCCGUCAGAUUCAAGGUGCUGAAGAGGGCCAAUGGUUACAAGCCUUUUCUUUUCGAUGUCACCUUCGAUGCCUGCCAAUUUUUGCGAAAACCAAAUAACCCUGUCAUUAAAAUAGUUUAUAAUAUGAUAAAGGAAAAAUCCAACUUCAACCAUUCUUGCCCGUAUGGUCUGCAGGUACUUAGCGAUUUUCAUCGCAUUUCGAUACCCCUUCCAUUUCCCGGAGGAGAUUAUUUAGCAUGCCUAGAUUUUAUAUUUAAUGGUAAAACGCAGUUCUACGUAAAUGUAUAUUUUCAUAUAACAGAGGACAUAUAA